AUGCCACCCGGCCUGAUUGAUAUGUUCGAACUCUUUAAUAGUCCGCGCGGAGUUAGUCAGGAUUAUGAAGGUGAAGGAAUGCAGAGCUCCAAGGAAAAACACAGUGAGCCAAGGAGGCAAAGAAUCGGUCUACAAAUCAGUCCUAGACAACCCGAAUUUACCACUUCUGAAAAGACCUUCCUCCGGCUAGAACAGGAGAGCGCACUACUAACCCCAGCAGGAACCGAGUCGCCCGCCCAAACUUUAAAUAUUAUAUUUUAUCAUCUUCUUGCUAAUCCCUUCAUUCUCAGUAAACUUCGCGCCGAGCUAGAAUUAGUAUCGACAUCCUUGUCCUGGACCAAACUAGAGAAGCUGCCAUACCUCUCCGCUAUUAUUGAGGAACGUAAUAAACUGUCCUUUGGUGUCACCGCUCGAGCUGCCUGCAUCCAGCAUAAACCUAUUAUCUACACCCCAACGUGUUAUGUGACUUCACCAAGUUCUAUGCGGAAAUCUUACAUACUGCCCGCUGGUACUCCGAUUAGUAUUAUAACUAACGCCGAGUCUGUUUUUCCAGACCCAUAUGACUUUGAUCCCGAUCGCUGGCUAGGCGACGAGGGCCGCAAGCGAAGGAAAGGAGGAAGAAAAUGCGGGUGGAGCUCGCCCGCGCAGAGCUGUAUCUUAUGA